AUGCUUCGACUAGUUGGACCAGGCAGUCGAAACAAGACCUUCACGACACUUGUGAGCAUCAGGUUGUGCCCGUAUGCUAUUGGGGGUGCCAGGAAUCAUAUAAGAGCAUUCAAUCUGUCAAAAGUGAACUGCAACAGCGAAGAUGUGAACAUUGACGUGCCCGAGUUGCAUCCACUUUUACUCAAAAGAGCUGUUGCAAUGGGAAAAGAGUAUUCAGUUCUUGAAGAAGCCAUUACCAAGGGCAACUUUGACCAGGAAACAAACGUCAGGUACUCGAAUCUCUCGGUAAUUCUUGACAAUUACCAUCGAUAUGUGCAAGACAUGGAGAACGUAGCGGCAUUAAAAGAGAUGAUUGCCGAGGAAACAGACCCGGAAAUGCAGCAAGAAGCCAUCAAGGAGCUCCAGCACCUUGUUCCUAAUGUCCAAAGGUCGGUAAAAGUGCUUCAAGCCAGACUUCUUCCUCCGGUGUCGCACUCGGACAAAGCUACAAUAUUAGAAUUACGCCCGGGAGUUGGAGGAUCGGAAGCAGCUUUAUUCUGUGGCGAUCUCGUCAACAUGUACAUCAACUUUGCCAACAACAAAAAAUGGAAAUGGACAAAAAUCCUGGAGGGACUCACAAAUAGUGGAUCUCUCAACGAGGUAAUAAUGAGCAUCGAUGUACCUGGUUCCUACAACUUGUUACGCCACGAAAGCGGGGUCCAUCGAGUCCAGAGGAUUCCUGCGACAGAGACAAAAGGACGUAUUCAUACCUCAACCGCAGCAGUAGUUGUGCUUCCCAAAAUUUCAGAGGGUACAGAGUCUUCCUUAAAAGACGACGAACGUCAAUUUGCACCCGGCGAAGUCCGAAUUGAUACCAUGAGAGCAGGUGGAAAAGGUGGUCAGCACGUCAACACCACCGACUCGGCCGUGAGACUCACCCAUAUUCCUACGGGAAUUCAGGUGCAACAGCAGGACGAACGUUCGCAGCCAAAAAAUAAGGCCAAAGCAUUUUCGAUUUUGCGAGCUCGUUUGGCGGCCCUCGAAAGAGAUAAGGAGAUCGCCGAGCAGCGAAAACUCCGCACUGACCAGGUGACCACCACUGACCGCUCGGACAAAAUCCGAACUUACAAUUUUCCCCAGAAUCGAGUCACCGACCAUCGGUGCGGCUUCUCGCUCCACGAUAUAGAUGGCUGCAUGCAGGGCUACAAAUUAGAGGAAAUUAUAGAACACGUUGAGGAGAAGGAACUCGAGGACCGCUUAGAAGCGCUUAUUCUGGAGGGCCGCUAA